UCUAAAAUGCAAAAGUAUCUCCAAAAGGUCCUUACCAAUCAAUUCACAAGAGCUUCAAUUGCCCAAUUCGGUCAAUAAUUAAAGCCACCCGUUAGAGUAGCCAUCACAGGUGCUGCUGGUCAAAUUGGAUAUUCUCUAAUUUUCAGAGUUGCCAGUGGUGAAAUGCUUGGACCAAAUUAACCAGUCAUCCUCCAUUUGAUUGAUUUACCAUUUGCCAUGACAGCAUUAAAUGGUGUCGUAAUGGAAAUUUAAGAUUGUGCUUUUCCAUUGGUUUAAGGAAUCGUGGCAACUGACAAUUAAUAAGUAGGAUUCAAGGAUGUCAAUUAUGCUCUUUUGGUAGGUGCUAAACCAAGAGGACCAGGAAUGGAAAGAGGAGAUUUGUUGAAAGACAAUGGCAAAAUCUUCACAGAAACAGGAAAAUACAUUAAUGUAUGAAUUUAUGAUCUAUAUCACAUAGGACCAUGCUAGCAGAGACAUCAAAGUCGUCGUCGUUGGUAAUCCAUGCAACACCAAUUGUUUGAUCUUGGCCAAUCAAAUCAAAGAUAUUCCCAAAGAGAAUUUCACUGCAAUGACAAGAUUAGAUCACAACAGAGCACAACAUUAAUUGGCUGAUAAAUUAGGUGUUCACACAUCUGACAUCAGAAAAAUUGCAAUCUUCGGAAAUCAUUCUCCAACCAUGGUUCCAUACAUUGAUUAAAUGACCGCAAAAAGUAUUACAAUAUCCUAAGUCUAUUAAUAGAUCACAAAGCCACAGUCGAUUAAUAAUGGGUCACCUAAACAUUCAUCCCAACUGUUCAAUAAAGAGGAGCCGAAAUCAUCAAAGCCAGAAAACUCUCAAGUGCUGCUUCAGCUGGUAAUGCAGCCAUGAAUCACAUCACCACCUGGGUCAAUGGAACUGCCGAAGGUACUCAUUUUCCUUAAAAACCAUUAGGUGAUUAUACUUCAAUGGCCAUCCCAUCUGAUGGAAGCUAUGGAGUACCUAAGGGAUUGAUCUUCUCCUUCCCAGUUACAGUUAAGAAUGGCAAAUAUUCUAUUGUCCAAGGAUUACCCAUUUCACCAUUCUAUCAAGGCUUAUUGGAUAAGACCAUCAAGGAAUUAGUUGACGAAAGAAAUGCAGUUGACCAUUUGCUUAAAUGAUAUAUUAUUGAAAUUAUUUAGUAAAAUAAAAAAUAA